AUGCAGUUCCGGGCUCAGUUUCUACUCUUGGCUUCCGCUCUCCUCACGAGCGCAUUCGCAACUAGUGACGGUAUCUCGCUCAAGCUACAGCGCCAUUUGCAGAAUGCCACAGUGGCUAAGCGAUCGACGGAAGUGACGGCUGAUAUCCAGCACCCGUCGUUCUACUGGACAACCGAAUUCGAAUUUGGCACUCCAGGUCAAAAAGCAAACCUUUUAAUCGAUACAGGAUCGAUGGCUAUACUUCUACAUGGUUCGAAGUAUGACCCAGCAAAGUCAUCGAGUAAGGUUGACUUGAAGUUCGAACGCGAAGCUCGUUACACCUCUGGUAGCUUCACGUCACACAUUUACAAAGACAUCGUCAAGAUCGGUGACGCUGUGGUAAAAAAUCCGGCAUUCGGACGCAUAGUCCGAGGUGACUUGAAGUUUGCUUCCGGUGUAGAUGGCAUUUUCGGUGUCGGCUUGGCGGACGACGUCUUUGGUACUGGUCCAAGCUUCACUAAGGCGGCGAAGGAUCAGCACGUGUUUGAUAAGAAUGUUUGGCAGUUGACUUUGCGUGGCAAUGGGCCGUCUACGCUCAAUAUCGGCAAGAUUGAUGAGACGGAGUUCGAGGGUCAGCUCGGUUAUACCGGUAUCACUCCAGGUCGUGUUGGUUGGCACACGCACAUCGACGUAAAUGGCAAGAGGGUGUCUGCGACACUUGACUCCGGUGGUGCUUACUACAUCUGGGGUAACAGGGAUGAAGUUAGAGCAAUUGUUAAUCGCCUCGGUAAACAACACCAAUAUCGUGGACAGGACGACAGGGAGACAUGGUUCAAGUGUGAUGACUUGCCGAAAAUCACAUUCAAGGUGGCUGGUAAAGAGAUUACGCUUUCAGAAAGGCUCAUGACUAGGGAGCACGACAAUGAAGGCUGGUGCAAGCUGCCGAUCAUUCAAGUGAACGGAGCUAGAGACUGGAACUUUGCUGAUCCCUUCUUCCAGUCUACGUCAUUGGUGUUCGACAUUGACAACCAACGCAUUGGUAUUGCUCUUCAGAAAUAA